AUGGCAGAGCCCAAGAUUUCUCUGACUCUGUCUUGCUUCUCACCCCCAAGUCGGCUUAUCUGCACGCAGCUCCCACCAGGCCCCGCUCACCUUCUCCACCACUUCCCGCGAUGGGCCCUCCCAUCUGCUUUGGCGUACCUUUCCUUCAGGAUCAUGAAGGUGUAUAUUUAUCCAACGAUAGACCCUCCGUUGUGGCAGCUCGUCGCUCUCGCCCUCUUCGCACGGCCCAUUGCCUUUCUCGCUGAAGCAUAUCUAGCGCAAGUGGGUCAUGAGACUGCAGCUGCAGCCCGUGGCGCUGUCCUUCCUCCUAGAGUGCAAGAAUCUCUUUUCCCUGGUGUCCAAGGUCACUGCUGGGCUCCGGACGGGUUUUUUAAGCUGGGGGAUGUUAUGGAUGAGUGGUCGAAGGAACAUGGAAACGCCGUCCGAGUUAACUUGCUUGGGACGAGUAUGCUUUUCACGAUGGAACCGGAGCAUGUCAAGGCGAUAUUGUUGACCCAACAUACAGCCUUCGAGAAAGGCUCGAUAUUGACUUCGCAGCUGGGCUCUCUCCUUGGGACAGGAAUAUUCAAUUCAGACGGCGAUCUGUGGAGCUGUUCCAUCGUUCAAUGUCGCGCCCUUUCUUUUCUCGCGGACGCGUCAGCGACUUUGAUAUCUGUGGUCGACUCCGAGCUUACGCUGGCUCGAGCACAGAAGAGAAUCGCUGAGGGCUUCCCUAUCGACUUCCAGGCAAUCACCUAUCUGACCAACCUGCCUGAUCUGAUCUCCCACUUCGCUCUCGAUGUCACUAUCCAGUUCCUGACGGGACACGGCUCCAUUGAAGCUGGAAUCCCGUACACGCCCUCCGAGGCCCAUCGUAACCCGUCAUCUCUCCGCACUCACGCAUCGACCAUGUUUGCCCACGCGCUCGAAGAGGCUCUGGAGAAGACAAACGCACGUGUGCCCCUGGGGGCGGAGUGGCCUCUGUUCGAGUUCUGGGGCGAUGCGGUCCGAAGUGGUCACGCCGUUGAGGAAGACGAUGAAUGA